CUAGCUGAUGACAUCACCCACUCUUGGGGCAGAAAUUCUGAGCAUUUUGUGAGAAACUUUAUGGUCUUCAGGUGGUCAGGGAUCAAAAACCGCAAGAGAUAUCAAAAAGUGAGCCGAGGUUCAUUUUGAGCCGACAAAAUUAUCUACGUUUUAAAGUUUGAAUGAAGUGGGAAGAUUUUCGCUGUUUUUUAGUGAAUAACUUUGCAAAUUAUUCACGAAUCCUGUCAUAAGUACAUAGCACACCAUUCCUGAUUGAGCCGCACGUUUUCAUAUAUAGUUUGCGAGGGUUUUCUCGAAACUGCUGGACUAGUUACGCGCCGAAAUUCUGGUGGAAUAUGAAAAAAGAAAAAUAUGAAAAACAAAAAGAGAGAUUACAAUAGUGGCUCAAGCUAUGCUAUUAGUGGCUCGUGCAUUGCCUCGUACCACUAAUAAUCACAACCAUUACCAUAACUAUCAUUUGGUUAAUUAGAGUGUCCUAUUGAGGUGUCGAGCACAGCAGCCCUCCUACAGUACAUGAUGUGCUUAUGAAGUGAACUGGUUGACCUUUACAAAUGCAGAGACAUCAGUCAAUGUAGACUCAGGUAUUAAGCAAAUGUUUAAGUGACACAGAGCAUGGAACUAGAACUCCUACCCCUCAACCCCCGACAGCUAUAGACACUAAAAAAACUGGAAAAACGACAUAGUUCAGAGUCACACCACCAAUGGUAAUGAGAGGGGGGGAGUUCAUCUCAAAAAGGCUCAACGGUACAAAAGAGGCAGCCCACAGAGAAGGAAAACCUGAGUACUGGAGCAUUCAGUCUGCAAUUUACAGGCAGGUUCCACUGAGUGACCAUGGCCGAGUACAAGGUAGAAGUGACGACAGGUAACUUGCAAAGUGCAGGAACAUCGGACCACAUAUAUGUCACUUUAUUUGGAAGUAAAGGGCAGAGUGACCGAACUGAGUUGGACAACUAUGGUAUCGACUUCACAGCGGGGACAGUAAGUUCAGUCCAAUUGGAAACUGCUUUGAUUGUGAUUCCCAAAUUAGGUCUAGGACAUUGUAAUGGUUUUUGUCUGUGCUUUUAUUGAUAUAGCAUAAUCUUGUGAAAGUAGUUGCAUCUAUCUAGUGACUCAUUUGAGUACAUUACAUUGACUUGUAUUCAAUUUACUGCCAUUAACUUUAUAUGGUACUUUGAACAAUCGUGUGGCAAUCUGGUUAGCACUUUAAUUCAAUUGCCAAAUUUCCCAAGAUAUUUCAAAAUAAAUCUUUCUGCAUCCAGCCUGUCACACUGGUUUUCUCAACUCACCAAAUUUCAUUCACACUUGUCAGUCUAACUCAUAACUGCUGUCAAGAGCCCUCAUAUUCUCUGAAAGGAUUUAUUUGUGCUGUUAAAAACAGGGCUUUCACAGCCAGUUAUCACUAUGUGUGCUUUAAUUUCUAUAUUUUUUUCCAGUACAGCAACAACUUUAGAGGACAAUCCAGGCUUAAAUGCUUGCCUAUUAUAUGCUUUACUAAAUAUUUUGGGGUAAAUGUGUUUGUGUUUAACUGUGUUAUACUGUUUGUGAGUGUAUUUGCACUUUUUUGAUCAUAUGCUGUUUUAGUUUACCGUAUGCUAUAGAAGCAUACUUGACUCCACCAUUGUACAAGUCUCUAGUUUUGGAUCCAACGUACACUCAGCUAAUCUUAUUACUAUCUAUAUUUAUAUUCCAAGACAGAGACCUACACCAUUGAUUAGUAAUAGAAUAAAGUCAUUAUUAUUUUCUGCUUUAUCACAGACAUUAUAAAGUACCUUCACCCUUUUUUCCAGACAGGGAUUUAUACGGUGAAAUCCAGUUUGUCUCUGGGGGAACUUCUGCUGGUGAAGGUGGAGAAGGAUCCGUUCUUCCUCCUCCCAGAAAAUGAGUGGUACUUAUCCAAACUGGUGGUGACCACUCCAGAGGGAGACGCCAUUCUUUUCCCCUGUUACAGAUGGAUCUCCAGGGGAGAGAUGGUAGAGCUGAGGGGAGGGAGAGCCAUGAAGGUUUUUGAGGAGAAGCAUCCCCUGCUGAUUGAACAUCGGGAAAAGGAGCUGGCACUUAAAAAGAGCUUUUACCAAUGGAAGAUUAUGGCUGAAGGACUACCCCACGGCAACAGCUGCGAGGAAGCGUCUGAGUUACCAUCUGAAGUUCGUUUCUCUGCAUCCAGAUCAAAUGAAAUCUUGAGCACAAAAGCGAUAACUGGAAUUGAACUCAAGCUUAAGGGGCUGCUUGGCUCUGCUGAAAAAUGGGAAAGCAUUGAAGACAUGAAAAAAAUCUUCUGGUACAAAAGGACUACAAUGUCAGACUAUGUUGCAGAACACUGGAAGGAAGACGACUUUUACGGAUACCAGUUUCUGAACGCAGUCAACCCCAACGUGAUCAAGAGGUGCACAGUGCUUCCCCGAAACUUUCCAGUGACAGAGGAGAUGGUAAAGCCAUUCCUGGAAAAGGGAAGCUCUCUGAAGAGUGAAAUGAAGAAAGGCAAUAUCUUCCUCUGUGACAAGAAGAAGAUGGAUGGAAUACCGCCUAGAACCUAUAAUGGUGAAACUCUGCACGUGACUGGUGGAUUCUGUUUGUUCUACAUGAACCCAAACAACAAGCUGAUGCCAAUAGCAAUACAGCUGCAUCAACAACCCUCUGAGGAGAACCCCAUCUUUCUGCCCAGUGACACGGAGACGGACUGGCUGCUAGCCAAGAUGUUUUUUAAAAGUGCAGAUGUAAUUGAUCAUGAAGCAGUCCAUCACCUCAUGAACACUCACUUUCUGGCAGAAGUUUACAUUCUCGCCACGGUCCGCAGCUUCCCUGUGAUUCAUCCCCUCUACAAGCUGCUGUUCCCACACUUCCGAUACACUCUCCACAUAAACACUACAGGCCGCACCGCUCUUCUUGGACCUGGUGGACCUUUAAAUAUAAGUUCACUUGGAACCGACGGGGUAAUAGAGCUCAUGAGAAGGGCUCUCUCUGAACUGACCUACAGCACCUUCUGUCUGCCAGAGAAUAUUGCUGCACGAGGACUUGAGUCCAUCCCCAACUUCUACUACAGAGAUGAUGGCCUGAAGCUGUGGAACAUCAUUAACAGCUUUGUGAAGGCCAUAGUGGAGUACUAUUAUCCCUCAGACAGAGAGGUCUGUAAAGACACUGAGCUGCAGGAAUGGAUCUGUGAGAUAUUCACACAUGGCUUCUUAGGAAACAAAGCUUCAGGCUUUCCAGCAUGCUUUCACGCUGUCAAGGAUGUGGUGAAGUUCAUCACCAUGGUGAUCUUCUCAAUGACGGCUCAACAUGCUGCAGUCAAUAACGGGCAGUUUGACUACCACUUCUGGGCGCCCAACGGCACACUCCUGCUGCACAAACCUCCUCCAACCACUAAGGGGCAGUCAAGCAUGAAGACAAUUAUGGAGACCCUCCCAAAUGUUGGAGAGACGGUCACUUUUGCUGCAAUGGUGCGGCUACUUUCGGAACAGUACUCUGACAUGGUUGUCUUGGGGGCAUACCCUGAAGAACGUUUCGAUGAGCCUGCCCCGAAGCAGAUGAUUAAGGAAUUUCAAGCUGAGUUGUCCUACCUUAGUGAGGCAAUUGCAAAAAGAAACUCAGAGCUUGAAAUACCCUACACCUAUCUGGAUCCUAGUCAGAUAGAGAACAGUGUAGCUACUUAAGAAAGUCUGAGGGAGCCCGUCUGAAGUGGGUAAUUGUAUUCAUACCUAACUCAACACCUGUCUUGCAUGCUGGCAAGACGUGUUUAACUCUGAAUUUAAUGCACAGAGCAGGUGAGGUUUUAGAAACAUGUAGUGAGGUAUUGCAUGCUGGGACUAGAGGACUAUAUUUUGGUUGUAUGGGGAUUUGUGGCUGAUUUUGUUGUUUCCGACUUCUACAAGUGAAUGAUCUUGUGUUUAACACUAGUUAAGAUGAAAUCAAUUAUAUCAGAGUUCUGGCUCGGAGCAAAGUUCCUCUUUAUGUUUUCUGUCCGCAUUUGAAAAAAGCAAUUUAAAGUCAGGUUUUCUUUAAUGUGUGUUUUUUUUUUUUUGUUUUUUUUUUACAUUCAUAUAAAACAUUAGGGGUUGAGGGGAGAAAUUAAUUAGAUAA